AGGAGGGGGAGGAGAGAGGGGGGUCACAAGACAGGCAGAGACACGGAGAGACUCGAUGUACAGCAAAAGGCCGCAUUGCCAGUGAGUUUUUGUGCAAUCCUAGUGCAAUAAUGUGCAACAGACAGCGGUGGCAUUGCGCCGGUGUUUCUGCAGAUUAGCGCUGCGUGCGUUUCCGGCCGGGAAGAACUCGUGUUUACAAGCCGACCCUCCUUUCCUCCUGACUUUAAAGCGAGAGGAGGAGGACGAGGAGGAGGGGGGUAAAGGGGAAAAAAGUACCCGUGAGUGAGGUCAGCAGCAUAGCAUGAGUCAACCUUGGGGAUGAAUGCAGUCAUCAUCUCGGAUCUGUAUCGUGCGGGCCUGCUGCUGCUGCUACUGCUGGCUGCGCGGAGCUGCGAGCGUGCGAUCCUGCGGGCUGAGCUGCUGAUCGUAGUCAGCUUUCAUGACAAACACAGGUGUCGCCCAUGAAUGAGCAAACCACGUGGACUCCUUCAGAUCUGCUCACCCCAGGCCAGCAACCUCUGAAUGGAUCACAAAGAACUUCAGAGAGGAAGAGGAGGUUAUCUUUGCAACUGCUUGCAGUGAAGUCAAUGUAUUAUCACAGCUGUAGUAUCACAGCUUCGUAUUAAUGUGGACGUCCUUUGAUUUUUGGAUUGAUAUCUUUACCGAGUGGAGCGUUCUUGGCUGGUUCGGUUGGUAUCGCUCACCUGGCUCAGCUUAUUCAUGCCCGUCAUGAGUGUACCAGCUCAGCAAAAACCCAGCGCUAAAAGAACGGGGAAACGCAUCACAUUUUUCAACGAACAAAGCGUAGCAAUGAAGGAAAGUUCUCAGCACCCCGAGGGUUCCUACUAUGUCCCAAGUGGCACUGCCUCAGAUCCCGGACAAAGUGAGGCCGCGAGUACUGUCACCUCCAAUUCAGAGGGCCCUCACAUGUACCUCAACUCUGUCAUCUUCAGUCCAGAUAAGGGAGACCAGAGCAGGGGUCAUUAUCAGCAGACUGUGCCUAUGAAGUGGGCCCAUCAGGAGCCCAGUCAGCAGCAGCCUUCUCUGUCCCAGCAGCAGAGAGUUGCCCCCUGGAACACUAUGACAAACUGGGGACAGAACAUUGCUAAUUUUAUUGGGGGAGUCAAUGUCACGGACUCAAGGACCCAGAAUGCAUUUGUCAAGACGAUGCAUGACACGUCUGGCAUGCAGCCCCCUAACAGAGCUGCAGACAAGCAGCCUCUGGGGCCAAACCCCUCUGUGGAAGCAUACAGAGAUGCUGUUAAGGCUCGAGGUCUGGACUGGGAACAGCAGCAGCAGCAGCAGCAGCAACAAUCCCAGGCCUUUCAAGAGACCUUGAAACCUGGAGCGCUUAACCCCCAGCAGCACAGCACAUUACACCCAGGAGGAAGCUCAGUGUUGCAGCCCUUCCAGUUGGCCUUUGGUCAGCCUAAGCAACACCUGCCAGCCUACUACCAGGCGUUUCAAGGCAACAGGACAACCUUACCUAACCCUCCCAUCUACUCAACGCAAGCAAAACCCCCACACCAGUUGCAGCAGCUGCAGAAGCAAGAGCAAAUACAGCGCCAGCAGCAACAACAACAACAUCACAUAAUCCAGCAGCAAAUUCAGCAGCAGCAACACCAUCAACAAUUGCAGCAGCAACAAAUCCUUCAGCAUCAACAGCAUGUCCAGCAACAGCUACAGCAGCAGCAACAAAUACAGCACGAGCAGCAACAACAAAAGAUACAGCAACAAGAGCAACAGCUCCAAAUUCAGCAGCAAAUGCAACAUCAGCAGUUGCAACAACAAAACCCUCAUGUGCUUAACUUUUACCCCAGUGCACAAAAUGCACAACCUCACCCGCAUCCACAGCCUCUGGUGGUUCACUCCCAGGAGUCCUCUGCUCCAGCUCCCCCAAAGAUCCAGGAACCGAUCAUCCAGGACAUCACCCCAGAACCCCACGUGCCCUCGGAUCCCCUGCAUCCCCCACUUCAGUCUGAACCCCUGUCCCAGUCACAACCCCAGUCCCAAACGCAGCUACGCAGAUCACGACGACUCUCAAAGGAAGGAGGGGCCCCGUCCGAGAACCCUUUUCUUUCUGUGUCAUCGGAUCAGGCCGCCCCGGGGCCACAGGGCUCCCAAAACGGGGCUCGCGACAUCCAGGCGGCACCAACAGGCGUCAUCCAGAGCACACGCAGGAAACGCAGGGUGUCCCAGGAGGUCAACCUGGAGACACUUGCUCAGAAAGCGUCAGAAAUGGAGUCCCUGCCUCCACAUAUCGUAAAGGAGCCUCACCGGCCGUGGAGUCCCGCUGAAUCAGAAACUCUGAAUGCAAAGCGACCACGAGAUGAAAGCCUCCUUCCGCUCGUCAUUCCUGUGUCUGUCCCAGUGCGAAGGCAGGAGCCCUCCUCUCCUGACACAGAUGAAGCGACCCCGGCCUCCCACUGGCCCCCCAGGCCAACGAACCCCCAGGACAUUGGCCACCACAAACCCUCAGUCAUCGUCACCCGGAGGCGCUCGCUCAGGAAUUCUUUAUCGGAAAACCCAGAGCAGAAUGGAGCUGACGGGGAGAGAGACGAGGACGGCAAGAAGUCCAAACGGCGCCCCCGGCCCGAGCCUCUGUUCAUCCCGCCACCUAAACCUGGUUUAUUCAUCGCCCCUCCCGCCUACUCCAGCAUCACACCUUACCAGAGCCACCUGCGUUCCCCUGUUCGCCUUGCCGAAAACCCUCUCAGCAUUCCUCCCUAUACGCCACCACCGAUCCUCAGCCCAGUUCGCGAGGGCUCUGGACUCUACUUCUCCACUUUCCUGUCGUCGGCUGCAGCUGCAGCCAGCGGCCAGGGCCUGCCGCCACCUGCAACACCCAAGUCUGCAACACGCAGCUUGUUGCGCUCCAACAGCUGCGACAUCACACCACCAGUUCUGACUGCUAUGAGUGAGGCCACUCCAGUCAGCAUAGAGCCACGGAUAAAUAUUGGGUCACGAUACCAGGCGGAGGUCCCAGAGCUGAGGCAGCGAUCAGCUGUUGAGCUGGAUCAUCAUCGAGCGGAGCUGGUCUGGGCUCCACUGACGGAACUGGAGGAGAAACCUGACUUCCAGGAGAAAGUGCAAAACCUCAUGCACCUGGCCUGCUCCAGCGUUUUGUGUGGAGGAGGCACCAACCAGGAGUUAGCCCACCAUUGUCUGUACGAGUGCAAAGGGGACAUAAUGGCUGCGCUCUCACUCCUGAUGCUGAGGAAUCCAGUUUUCUCAAAGUCUCACCACAUGGCCAAGUACCACUACUCAGGAUCAGACAGUUGGACAGCAGCUGAGAGACGGCAGUUCAACAAAGGCAUCACUGCAUACAAGAAGGACUUCUUCAUGGUGCAGAAACAGGUGACAACUAAGUCAGUGGCGCAGUGUGUGGAGUUCUACUACACGUACAAGAAACAUGUAAAGAUCGGCCGCAACGGGACGUUGAUGUAUGGCGAGGCCGAGCCUCUGGAGAACAGGACCACUGAGGAAGAGACAAACCACAAGCAGAGCUCUCACAGAUUGGAGCCGCAGCAGGAAGAGGACAGCAGGAAGUGGGAGGGGUCAGCUGACAGGAAACAGGAUGUCGGUCCCACCAGGGUGACACACUCGCUGCAGUCCACGGAGAAUCCUGGGACUGUCCUGAUCAUGAAAGGCCACGAGGACACAGUGAGGGACCAUCCACUGCCUCGAGUCAUCCAUGCUCCUCAUCCUCCACCUCCCAGCUCCAAAACACGCAACGAAACCAACGCGCGCAAGACCAGCCCCCCAACAGGCAACAAAGGCGCAGCAGGUCAGGAGGGAGAGUUCCCCUGCAAGAAAUGUGGCAGGAUUUUCUAUAAAGUGAAGAGCCGCAGUGCCCACAUGAAGAGCCACGCAGAGCAGGAAAAGAAGGCUGCCGCGUUGCGCCAGAAGGAGGCCGAGGAAAGAGCGGCAGCGAAAGCAGCCGCAGAGGCAGCCGCCAUCCUUGCUGCGCGGCAGCAGAACGGGACACGGCAGGUGGGCGGAGACAGCACCAAUGAUGACUCGUCAGCUGGGGAGGAUGAGGACGACGAGGACUGGCAGUAAAUGAAUGGCCACGUUCACGGACUGCAUCACGCAGCGUGGCUCAGCCUCUGAUUGGAGGAGGAACUUUAUAAAGAAAAGGAAGAAUCCCUCCUGUGAACUUUGUGUAUAUUUGUGGAACAAGAAGACUUCCGUUGCUUGGCACAUUCAGGGACAUGUUGACUCCCAUGUAUGUGAUUGUGGAUGUGUGGACUGAGUGUGUGCGAGUGCAAGUGCGUGUGUGUGUGAGAGUGUGCGAGUGCGUGUGUGUGUGUACACCAAACUCACCAACACCCCCUUUACUCUGCUUGAAAAGCUUUUCAAGAGUUACCUCUCUUGGUCACAGGGCUCUGUCAAAUCAAAGCCAUGCCGCCUCUCUCGGCACUGUUCUUCUGUCCUCACCAGGCCGCGGCCUUCCUCAGCACUUCAAGUUCCCGCCCUGCGUUCUGUCCCUGGGCUCGGUACUUGUCGUUCCCUCUUUUUAUUAUUUCUCUUCUCGUUGAGCCAAGCACGCGCAAGCUUAAGCCACAUCCCAACCAGAGAGAUUUUUGGUGAUCUGAAGACGGAAAUCUGACAGCUGGGGGAGGCACGAGCUGCUCUAAGACACACAGACAGACAGAAGGAAGAAGGAUGGAUGGAUGGAUGGCAUGUGCAAACUGUUGCCUUUGUUCUUCUGUUCCUCUGCACUCUGGGCUGCCAAAAGCUUUUUCUUCUCAGACGCAUGAUGUGCACCAAAUGGGUUCCCCCUUUUUCUCUGUGAGUUGUCGUUCUUUGGGCUUCAGUUCUGUGAAUCCCCCUUCAGCCCUCGUCACUUUUUAUAGUUCUGAGUUUGCUCCCUCACUGUUGAUGCCUUGGAUGUUUUGAUGCUUUUUAUCUUGAAAUGACAAUCAAUUUUACACUGUUGUUGUUGGGUUUUUUUUAUAAAUAUAUAUAUAUAUGCAGGUAAACGUUACUUUUUUCUGCCUGUGUAGCUAUAUAUGGUUCUUGUUCUUGUUUUGUGAAUAUUCCUGUUGAUGAUUAUUAAUAUUAUUAUUAUCAUAUUACUAUAUUCUGUUUUUGGCUGCAAUUUAUUUGAGCGCUUUUCUCUACAUGUCCUUUUUUUUAUUUAAACAAAAACAAAAUAAUGCUACUUGCUGCCUGUUUAGAACUGUGAGAUAUUUUUAGGAAGCCAGAAAUGAAGAAAAGGCAGAGACGUAUGUGCAAUAGAACAAGUUGACCCCCUGUUACCUGAGUGUUCAAGCCCUCCCUCCCUCCCUCCCUCCCUCCCUCUUUCCCUCCCUCCUCUCUGAUUCAUGCUUACAACUGGCUGCUCUGGAUGCCUUCAUGUCAACCCUGUAACUGAUAGGAGGUACUGACCCGGACUGUUGAAGCUGCAGGUCUCUAUAGAUACACACAACAGAGGGAAGGCGAAACAAACAGCACAAACUUACUCAAGACACACUCUGAAAACAUCCUUACUACCCUGACAUUUGACCUGGGGUUAGUUUUUUGUACCAUGCUCUGAAAUGAGUAAUAAACAGUUUGCUGAUACAAACACAAAGAGAACUGGAAACUAAACCAAACCUAGUAUUUUGCUGGUUUUACAAGAAGAUUCAAAAGACAAACAUUCCCUUUUAUGAACAAAAAAAAUCAACACCUAAUAUACGGAAUAUAUACACGGCCUGCCCGUACAUUAAAAGAAACUGUAUUAUCAACACUUUACAAAGACUGUAAACAUCCCACUAAAGUAUUUACUUACAGAAACUAACACACUAAUACAGGCGGAGGCAUUCUUUACUGUAAACCAAACUCAACUCUUUAACAUGAUUUUGAAUAAAGUCAAAAUAAAUCGAUUUUCUUCCAUUUCACACAGAUAUCAAAAUAUUGGACAUACACACUUCUUUCUGCUUAGAUAGUAACUUUUAUCUGAGCAGAUUCAACAUUUUUAAACAUAUCAAGUCAAACAGACGUAAAGCAGAAGCAGAAACAUCAAGUUUUUGCAGAGUACUCUCAUGCUUUGAAAAGACAUAUUUUCACCUUAAAGUUCCUGAUCUCUGAUAUCUAACGACACAGAUUGAAACCUAAAUUAUCAGAAAUUAAAUUAAAAAGUUAUUUUUAAUACAGAAGUGUCUCAAACAGUCGUUAGUGAAACAAACAUGCUGUGUUGUAACCUCGACUGUAAUGGUCUGUAGUAAAAAAAAAAGGGCUUUUGUAAAAAUGCGAUGAGAAGUCUAAACGAGUCGUAAAGUUUGACUGUUUCCUGAAUAUUGAGGUGCUUUGGAGAUCAUUGUAAACCUUUGUGUUCAGAUGCUGCUUCAGUUCAGUAUUUCUCUCCGUCUACCCCGAACGUGCAUCUACGGUUGACUUUUAUUUCCUCUGUUUACCUUGUUGCUGUUAGCAGCAGGCACUGAAUACGACUGUGGAAAAGGCAUGUUUUGAUAUGUCUAUCGCUUCAUAUCUCGAUGUUAAUCCCCUCGGCCCAGAGCCAGCUUCUGUUGCCAUAGCAACAAAUGGGUUAAAGGGUUAUUUUUCCUUUAAAGGACAAACCACAGUGCGGACGUUUGGUUGAGGGGGGUUAAAGGGAGAAACGGCUCCAGUUACCAGUUACUCCACAAAGUUAAAACCUGGGUCUAUGCACCGACUGUGUGAGUGUGAGCGUGUGUGUGUGUGGACAUGCUGUUAAAUGUGUGUGAGUGGUUUGAGGUCAAAUGUUAAACUGUACGCCAGUCAAUGAAAAAAAAAUGUUUUGCAGACUGUUCACAUGUUUGGUAUGUUAAUUUAUAUUUCCUUUUUAUUUGGGCUUGUCUUGAGGUUCUUCGGCAGGCGGGGGAAGUUAUCGACGUCAUGAAAAGUUUUUUUUGGAGCUGUUUUUAAAAAGAAGUAAGAUGGAAUCGAGGAGGCCACGACACAAACUCACAGCUGUAAACUUUCCUCAUUUCAUCCGGUUGCUUAAGGGAAUUUUAAGGGGACAAAAGGUUUAUUUAGCUAAAGAUUAGAAAAAAUAUAUGAAUGAAAUGCUACGUUUGCAUACUUUCUAUGCUAUUUUCAUAUGGGGUUCACACUAAAUGAUGAAAACAGAAAGGAAUCUCAAGUGCUUUUUACUACAGUGUAACUUAUUUGUUUCGAUUUGAUUUUUACCACCUGUGUUUUUAGUAAUGAUUUAUGAAGCACUGUAUAUUAAAGUUUUAAAAUAUCCAA